CAUUACCCAAUGCCCGGGCGAUAGUCCAUAGAUACACUUGUCAACAACAGUCCUCCCAGGCGAAUCUCACUUCAAUAAAUUUCGCCGGAAAAUCAAGAUUCCAGCAGCUCCUUCAUCCACAUUUAUCGCCGAGCUAAAUUUGAGAUAUGGAUGUCAUUUUGGCGACAAUAUUUUUCGGUAUCUUGCUAGCUGUGCUCAUUGUGAUACCCCGACUGCGCGGUAAAUCUGAUCAGCCUAAAAGAAAGGUUGCCUCAAAGGCUCAGAACAAGGCAGUCAAAUCAUAUAGCAAAGCUGAAGUUGCUCUGCAUAACAAGAGAACUGAUUGCUGGAUUAUUAUCAAAGAUAAGGUGUUCGAUGUUACCUCGUAUGUUGAAGAACACCCAGGGGGCGAUGCCAUCCUAGAUCAUGCAGGUGAUGAUUCAACUGAAGGUUUCUAUGGACCACAACAUGCUACACGGGUAUUUGAGAUGAUUGAUGACUUCUGCAUCGGAGAUCUAGAACAUAAAUGAUUACUUCCAUCGAUUGAUUGGUAAUGAAUUGUUCAUGUGAUGACAAAAUUCGAGGAGCUUGCCUACCUCAUAAUAAAGCAUCACUUGCGUCUACGAUGACCUGUUGCCCUGUUUACCAUCUUCCCAUAUCACGCUCUGCACUGCUGAUUUUCCCGAAUUCAAUUGUACUGUCGUCUUCUUUUGUUAAUCAGCUUUGCAUGGAUUUGAAACCCGAUGUAUCAUCCAUUAGUUGUUAUUUAGACAUGCCUUUUGUUCCUAAGUCCCCUUCAAGUUUAUAAAGUAGUUAUGCUGACCAAGAGCUUGCUCCUGACAUUGAAAUGUUUGGUAGUUUUGGGAGUUAUGAAGCUAUGCACUUGGAGUA